CAAAAUGAAGCACCUUGCUGCUUACCUUCUUCUCGGCCUCGGCGGCAACUCCUCUCCGUCGGCCGCCGACAUCAAGGCCCUUUUCGACUCAGUCGGCAUUGAGGCUGAUGACGAGCGCCUUGAGAAGCUCCUGUCCGAGCUUGAGGGCAAGGACAUCAACGAGCUGAUUGCCGAGGGCUCUUCCAAGCUCGCCUCGGUCCCGUCCGGCGGCGGUGCUGCUGUUGCCGCGGCCGGCGGUGCUGCUGCUGGUGGCGCUGCUGCCGAGGCUCCCAAGGAGGAGGAGAAGAAGGAAGAGGAGAAGGAGGAGUCCGACGAGGACAUGGGCUUCGGUCUGUUCGACUAAACGCCGAAUCGCGAUCUCGCUUCGCAACCAACCAUCGUCGCGGCAUUUCCGAAGGUCCUUGGCUGGCUGGGACAAUCGCAAACGUUCCUUGCGGGGCAUUUACCCUCGAGGUCGGUUCAGAAUUCAGAGUACGAGCCACUUAUGUGUCUCGACAGAAUUCUCGUCCACACAUAGAUUGGAACAAUACAGAAGCAAGGCGCCGCGAAAGCCCGCAUUCAAUGGUCCUCCGUGCAAUGUUACGGAUACGCUCCACCGUACUGGUAUUUUGUCCUUGAUCAUCUUACGAAGUGCAGGGCAACAACCCCGCGGAUUUGAUGUUUCGCGGAACUGUCGAAGCUUGUUCUACAGCUGAUCACCUUGCCCAUCAUGAACUUCGGUGCGUCAUCGACGUGUUACGCAGCGGAGCCCAUUGGUCCUUUGCGGCUUCUCAGUAACUGAAUACUGGACCCACUUUUUUUUCUUGAAAUGGCGGGGCCCUGGCUCAUUGC